AUGAACGAGACUGCGUCGUUGGAAAGCUGGUCUUUGUUCUUGUCCAUGAAGCCAUCGAUUUUGUACUGCACGGCGCCAGCGAAGUGGUUGACCACGAAGCUGCUCUGGUCCAGCUUCACCUUUGCGAAUCUUGCGUUGUUGGAAUGGCGCUGCACGAUUUUGUUGCACAGCGAUUGGUCACGCCCGCCAGGGACGGCUCUUGAACAGAUCGACACAAUCGGAGUUGUCGGGGAAGUCAAGGGCGUUCCACGAGAUGCCUUCUGCAGAGUACAGCUCCUCCUCGCAGCGGAACACGAAGUUGUUGAAGAAGUUCUGCAACGUCUCAUUCGUGAAGUUGAUGCACAGCUGCUCGAACGAGUUGAACUUGAAGCACUCGAAACCGAAAAUAUCCAGAAUGCCCGUGGUCAGAUUCGCAUCGGGAACGUGAUCGAAGAGCAUGCUGUACACGUUCUUGGCGAUGGCGUCCCUGACGUCGCAGGCCUCCUCGACACGCAGCGGUUUGGUGUACAUUUCGUUCGCGGUCUUGAUGGUACGGGUCAUCAGCGCGUUCAUCAGAGAGACGUUGUCGACGUUCAGCAGUGUGGUCACCGUCUGGCAGUGCCCGGCCUCCAUGUUGCUGAUCAUGGCGCCCUCACUGCCUUUCUCCACGAACUCGAUAUUGCUAAGGUGGAGGACGGUAGCCACAAUGUCGAACACGACAGACACCUGCUCGUACGUGAAGCCGACGGUGCGCAGAGCUGCAAGCGUUUCGUCGAAGGUGGGCAAGUCGAAGUCCCUCUCGGAGUCUGGCGGCACGAUCCGGAAAUUGCCACGGAACGUGGACAAGUCAAACUCCCAUGGCGUGCCUGA